AUGGGUUCAGACACGAUGAUGAAAGCGGCGAGAUUUCACGCCGCCAAGGACGUACGCAUAGAUGAGAUCCCUAUACCAAAGACCAAGCCGGGUUACGUUCGCAUCAAGCCCGAAUACUGUGGGAUAUGCGGCUCGGAUCUGCACGAAUAUGAGGAUGGCCCUCAUAUCAUUCCUCAGCCUGGGACCAAACAUCCGUUGACGGGCGAGGGCCCUCCAGUUGUGCUUGGCCACGAAUUCAGCGGAGUGAUUGAUGAGAUUGGGACGGGCGUGGCAGGCCUUAAGAAAGGGCAACGGGCAGCCAUCCAGCCCAUCAUCUUUGAUGAGGACUGCCUGAACUGCGGUCAAGGUCUACCCAAUUGCUGUGCCCAAUUCGGCUUCAUCGGGCUGUCUGGAGGAGCGGGAGGCAUGAGCGAGUAUGCCUGCGUCCCAGCCAGUGCGGUCAAGCCGCUCCCGGACGACUUUCCGCUCGAUAUUGGUGCACUGGUCGAGCCACUUGCCGUUGGAUGGCAUGCUGUUGCUGUGUCACCCUAUAAGGAUGGAGAUAGCGUACUGGUAUUGGGAGGCGGACCAAUUGGACUGGCCGUAGUAUUUGCUCUGUGCGGCAAAGGUUGCCAGAACAUCAUCGUCUCCGAGGUAUCGAGACAAAGACGAACAUUCGCGAAAGAAUUUGGCGCACAUCAUGUCAUUGACCCUUCCUCGCAGGACGCUGUCAGUGAGGUCAAGAAGUUGACCAAGGGUUAUGGUGCUGACGUUGGCUUCGAUGCCGCCGGUGUCCAGGUUGCAGUUGACUAUGCAAUCAAAGCUGUCCGAGCUCGUGGGACCCUGGUCAAUAUCGCGUUGUGGGGCGCAAAGCGCGUGGCCCUGGACAUGAUGGAUAUGUUGUUCGGAGAGCGGAAGUAUCAGGCGGUGGUCACUUACACGGCAGGUGAUUUUGAGGCGGUCAUUGACGCGAUUGCGACAGGAAAACUUCAACCCAAAGGCAUGAUUACCAAAGUACUAGCUGUGGAUCAGGUGGAUGAAGGCUUCAAAGCUCUCGUCGAAGACAAAGACAAUCAGGUCAAGAUCUUGGUUCACGUUGGCAAAUUGAGAGAAGCUGCUGCUAACGGGACAAUGUGA